GAGAGGUGACAUUCCAUGUGCCAAGAGCCAGCUUCUGUAACCAAGGAUCAGACCGCCAAGGUCCCCGCCCUCGACAACCACCCGUCACACACUGCACCUGACCCCUUUGGCCUCUCCCACGAGUGGGCCCAGGUAAGGGGGACCCACGUUUCCUCUCUGGGCUGUGCCCGGCCAGCUCCAUGGGUGAAAACCCGGCCACCAGGCACUCGCCAACGUGUCCCACUUCCAGGCCUGGCUCCAGAGGAGGGCCCCGGUGACCCACGUCCGGGCAAGUAUGUCUGCACAGCUAUGACGAGCAACAACGAGGGAUGCAUCCCAACGUCAUCCAGGCACUUCGGACAGUGCACCUACACAGCUGAGGAGUACCAGGCGGUGCAAAAUGCCCUGCAACAGAAACUUGGACCAGAGUACAUCAGUUCCAGAGUGGCUGGAGGGGGACAAAAAGUGUGUUACAUUGAAGGCCACCGUGUUGUCAGCCUGGCCAAUGAGAUGUUUGGAUACAAUGGAUGGUCGCAUUCCAUUUCCCAGCAGAAUGUUGACUUUGUGGACCUGAUCAAUGGGAAGUUUUAUGUAGGAGUCAGUGCGUUUGUCAAAGUGCAGCUGAAGGAUGGGUCGUUUCAUGAGGAUGUGGGAUACGGAGUGAGUGAGGGGCUGAGGUCCAAAGCUCUGUCCCUAGAAAAGGCGAGAAAGGAAGCUGUCACAGAUGGAAUGAAGAGAGCACUGAGAUGUUUUGGUAAUGCCCUUGGAAACUGCAUCCUAAAUAAAGAUUACCUCCUCGCCAUAAACAAGAUCCCAAAACAGCCUCCUCCUCCUCCUGACCCGACCCAGACUAAACGGUGCGACGGUCAGCCAUCAGUAGAGAAGGCUCGGCUCUUCAGUCUGGUCCAGGAAGAUUCACUUUUAAAAGCCGGACCUGCCCGAAUGCCACUAGAGCCCAGAUUAUUCUACCAGAACCAUUCAGAAGUUCACACCCCUGGAGCUGCUGGCUUUGCUCCCAGCGGGGUGAAUGAGAACAUCAAAUAUGCCGUGAACUCUGUCGAUGUCGUCUCUGAAGCACACACGGACCCCAAACAGCUGAGGAAGCUCCGACAGCAGCAGCUUCAGCAGAAGUUCAGGAGAGAGAUGGAGGCAAAGAAGCUGCAACAGAAACAGGAAAACUCUGAAGAGGCAGAGGUUGCUGUUAGACGUAAAUCCUCCGGAGGUAGUGAGCCUGCUACCAGCAGCGCCACAGCUGAAAACGGAAGUUCCAGCAGCAAGGAUUUAACAGAUGAUCCAGAUCUCUGGGAUUUCACUCUGGAUGGUAUUGAGGAACUGGAUGGUCCUGGUGAAUCUCCUUCCAAAGGGUCCAGGCCCAGCACUCCUGGGAAUCACAAAAUGCAGACGCGCAGUAAAACUCCCCAGAGAGCUCAAAGCAAACCUCCAGAGGCUUCGUCCUGCAGCAGAGCACACCAGCCCUACAGACCCCACCACCAGACCCCUCAUCAGGGGAGACCAGAUCAGGCUUCAGGUGAAACCCUCAGUCCGUGCAGACAAGGGCAGCAGAUGAAAAAACGCAGAUUGGACCCUUGAGAUUCACACAACUCAAAAUGUGUGAUCUAGCAGCUAACUUGUAUUUAUUUUUUAUUUACUUUAAAGUGAGAUUUGCACCAAACAGCUGCUAUUAAUGUUUUAUUCUAACGUUAAACGUGCUUUAAUAAUUAGCAGGGAAAUGGUAACCGUUGCACCAAAUAAUGUGACAAAUAAAUAAGUUUUGUAUUUGA